CUUUUUGUUGUUGUUGCUAUUCUCCAGCAACAUGUCACCCUCAAGAGUGCAGUCAUGGAGUAACAGUGCAAACUUGUUUUCAAAAUGUCCCUUUCUUGAAAACCGGAACUGUCCUUCAUUGUGUCAAGUCUCGAGUGGGUCCUCGGAUCCUUCCAGACACUUCCAAGCAUGUUGUGUGAGCGCACGGAGUAAUCCUCUUACAGCACAAAGGCAAGCUAAGAGGUUUACGUCAGGCUUUCCUCUCGCCCCUGAAUCGAGGCAUCGACACAGGUUUGUUCGCCGCGGUUCUGACAGUUGUGGCGGCCACACCAGCUGCUGCUGUUCCAGAAUAAAGACAUGGUGGUAAAAGGAUUGCCUGAGAGGCCAGUGGCGAACGUGAUGAUGAACGAGGGGAAGGUGAACGACCUCAUCCAGCGAUGGAGAGACACUCCUGAGGAGGAGCUGACACCAGAGGACCGGCAGCAUUUCAAGGACUUGGCAUGUUCGUGUCUCGCUCAGGGAGACAGCGAGCGCUUGCUCGUGUUCCUUCAAGACGAUAAAAAUCGGAAGAUUGUCAACUCCAUGGGCUGCGUCCUCUUGGCUCCUCUCAUGAAGGAAGCUUUGAAGAACGAGAAGAGUUGGGACCGCAUCCAGUCGGCUAUCACACACGUGACCACGACCUGCGGGCCAGACGAAGUCCUGAGGAACUUGCUGGACGUCAUGGAAGAUACUGAUGCGCCUUCUAUUUCCGAGAUCCUCGUGCUAGCGGUCCCUCAUCUUGAAGCAGGCCUGCUGAGGUUGACGAAGGGUCGGGCGUCCUGGCUGGGCUCGGCGCUGAGGGUCCUGCACAAGCAGCUCACUCGGCUGCCGGUGCCGUACACCGAAGAGCUGGAAAAGGAGGACCAGUGGGGCCUGGGCCGCUGUUGCCAUGCCUUGAUCACCUUCACUAAGGCCUUCUCGGGCGAGGUGAGGAAACACGAAGAUGGAGAACGCCGGGAGAUGAAGACGGAGCUCCUCAACUUCUGCAUGAGAAGCCUCAGAGAACCUUUACUGGAGGCAACGCUGACUCCCGGGACGACAACGCCCAUGUGGCUGUUUGCGUUAAACAUUACGGAAACUUUAGCCGCCAUCCGAGAGUCAGCGGCCGACCUCCUGUUCUUCAGUACGGUGAAGAAGAACAUCCAGAUGGACAAAAAUCAGCUGGCCGAGUCCAAAGGCUGCCUGGCGUAUCUGGUGUUUGUCAAGCAGCUGGAUACAGAACGCUUCCCCAUCGUGUUCAGCCCUGAAUUUGUCCUUCGGCGCAACCUGGAAUACGUCCACCAGCUCCUCAGGAGCAAAAAGGAGUCGCACGUACUCAAAGGACUGGCGCUGUUUGAAAAAAGUCUGGAGAGAACGCGGGACGACAGCUUGCUCGCCACGCUGCUGGAAGUGAAGAGUUUUUACGAUGUAAAGCAGAGUCUGCUGCAGGUUCUGACUGAAUGUCCCAUGCGACAUCUGAGAGAAAGUGGACUCGCCGUCCUCCAGCUCCUCAUCAAUAAACUCGACGCGGAAGCAAAGCACAAGCUCUUUGGAAACCUGCUAAAAACCAGCAAUCAUCCGGGAGUGGAAGGUUAUAUUGUGAAGAACAUCAGACAUCAAGUCGAGUUCUCCAUGAAGCCGAGCAACGCCACGAGAUGGUUCCUGGGGACGGAAUUUGUGUCGCUCCUGCGCUUGGCGUUGACUUUGCCUCAGGGUACGGAAACAAACGUGCUCCACCAUAUGGACAAGAUCAUGGAGAGCCUGAACCUCCUGCGCUAUCUUCUCAUCCGGGACAAACCGUUGAGGAGCAAUGCGGACAUUUGGGAAGGAGUGUGCGGCAUCAAGGAGGAGUACACCAAAAUGCUCCGCGUGUGCAUCAGCAUGUCAAGAUCUUUUUACACGGGCGAGCUGAACGAGCUGAGAGAUGAGCACAAACUUAAAGCCAGAGCGGCCAGAGCGGCAACCUGCACCCGCACACACCUUCAAAGUCAGCCAGUCAAGCGAGACACGAUGUCGAAAAUGUCCCCGGAAGUGCGGCACCAGGUUCUGCAGAGCGCUCUCGUGACCUUUGACCUGAUGGAGAGCCUCAUUGCGCGCACGGAGGAGAUCGCCGCGGAAAAGAACCACGACAUGCUCGACGCCAGCGCUUUAUUUUGUUUGAAUGAACAAAAACAAAAAAGUUUGACACACGCUGGUGAUUAGCUGAGCUUCUUCAGCAUGUCCCACACGGGGCUUCUCUCGACGAUGUGAGUUUUGGCCAGAGACAUCCUGUGCCGGAUGCGAUCUACGUGAGGCUUGCUUGUGGCCUCCGGUGGGGUCGGGGGGGGGGGGGGGGGGGUAUAUACACAAUUAACUCACAUAGCAGGAGUUGAAUAUGGAGAAGCAAAAAAAAAGUGGAACAAAGUGGAAUCGCAGCCUUACCUUUGCAAUGGUCAGCAUUCCUUUAAGAAUUUCGCUGUUGUUUCGCACAGGCAAGAUGCGGAGAUUACUGCUGAAGAAUCUGGGGGAAAAAAAAUAGAGCAAAAAAGUCCAACUUCUGAAGUGAGAUUGAUGGAAUAAAACAUUUCAUACAUGUACAGCAUGGUGGUAUAAUAGUCGUUGAAACCUUUACAGGAUAUGCAACUUUGAUUUUAAUAAAUUAAGUGCUGCCUUGGAA